AUGGAUUUUGAGGCUGUUCGACGGGCCAGCGUGAAUUCGGCCCGAUACGGGUCGCAGUUUACCAGACCGGUCGGUGAAAUUCUAAAGCGCGCCCUGGCCGAUCGGGUGCGAUCAAUGGGCCGUUUUGAUGCGUAUCCGGAGAUCGAGAAUUGGGCAUCACAUGAGAACGUCAGGUCGCGGUGGGCUGAGCGCUGGGAUCGCGUAGAAGAAUUGAAGACCCUGCCUUUCAAAUACGUUUUCAACCCCAACCGGCCACCGACAGUCGGCGAUGAAAGGGCAUGGCCGUUUAGCUUGAAGACCCAGUGGGAUGCUCCGUCCCCUAAAUCCACGGCACUCCCAACGCCUCAACAAAAGGCAUUCAUCGAUGCUCACGCUUUCUACGAACGCGCUUUUCGCUACCUAAUCUAUUGGCAGUUGCGUCAAAAACAAUUUAUUCUACACUUGCUCAUCGACGAUUUACUAGCCAAAACCAAAGCAUUUGGCGAUGACAUCCCGGCGUACCCAAUUUUCGUCAUGGGAAAUGGGGAUCACUUUGGUGCCCUGCUCGUUUUGUGGAAGAAGGAAUCGCUCGGCUUUGAUCCCGAAGUUCCACUACUGCGUGGGCCGGGCUUCACACCUAUACAGAUAAUUGAUGCGGCUCUACACAUCGAUGAUGCGCACCAUUAUGGCAAAAAUACCGACGACGAAUGGUCCCACCAACUCCGCCAAAAAUGGGAUGACCUGAUAUAUCCGGAUUUGCCAGAUUGCUAUACGGGCGUUAUGAUGGUCCAUUUCUCCGAACUGCGGCCAAUUUUGCAAAAAAUCGCCGACCGAUUGCGCGUGUUUAUCAAAAUGGGCGACCCCCAGUUGGGUGACUACAAAAUCCAACUCGAUGAUGUGCAGCAAGCAGAGAAAAUGGCCUACGAGGAAGAUAUGCAAAAAGAAUUUGACAAGUUUUGGAACUCGCGGAAAAUCAUAAAAGUAGCUGACGUGAAAGUUGAAGAGCUGAAACGCGAGAUUAUCGCUUUGCAAUUAAAACGCGACGAUGCUGUGCGAUCAUCAAAACCUAGAAAGAAGAAAAGGGGCAAAGGAGGGAGAAAAUACUAUUUGGAUCGGCUUCGGCAUCGGUUCACCGGC